CCCCCGCCCCGGCGCGGAGACCACCCUGGACCUCCGGGGGCGGGAGGCCGCUCUGGCCCGACGCGGAGCCUCUCGCUGGUAGACCGGCCCGAAGGAGCCCCUCUGGGCGCAGCGCCGGUGAGCUGCUCGAUGCUCCGACCGGAAGUGCUCUUCACCGCCGACCUCCCACCCGGCUCUUUGGUCCCGGCGGUAAGAUGGCGGCUGCCGCUGAGUGCGAUGUGGUAAUGGCGGCGACCGAGCCAGAGCUGCUAGACGACGAGGAGGCGAAGAGAGAAGCAGAGUCUUUCAAGGAACAAGGAAAUGCCUACUAUGCCAAGAAAGAUUACAAUGAAGCUUAUAACUAUUACACAAAAGCCAUAGAUAUGUGUCCUAAAAAUGCUAGCUAUUAUGGGAAUCGAGCCGCCACUCUGAUGAUGCUCGGAAAGUUCCGGGAAGCUCUCGGGGAUGCACAGCAGUCAGUGAGGUUGGAUGACAGUUUCGUCCGGGGACAUCUACGAGAGGGCAAAUGCCACCUAUCUCUAGGGAAUGCCAUGGCGGCGUGUCGUAGUUUCCAGAGAGCCCUAGAACUGGAUCACAAAAAUGCUCAGGCCCAGCAGGAGUUCAAGAAUGCGAAUGCAGUCAUAGAAUAUGAGAAAAUAGCAGAAACGGAUUUUGAGAAGCGGGAUUUUCGGAAGGUUGUUUUUUGCAUGGACCGUGCCCUAGAAUAUGCCCCUGCCUGCCAUCGCUUCAAAAUCCUCAAAGCAGAAUGUUUAGCAAUGCUGGGUCGUUACCCAGAAGCACAGUCUGUGGCCAGUGACAUUUUACGAAUGGAUUCCACCAAUGCUGAUGCUCUGUAUGUACGAGGUCUUUGCCUUUAUUAUGAAGAUUGUAUUGAGAAGGCGGUUCAGUUUUUUGUACAGGCUCUCAGGAUGGCUCCUGACCACGAGAAGGCGUGCAUUGCGUGCAGAAAUGCCAAAGCACUUAAAGCAAAGAAAGAAGAUGGAAAUAAAGCAUUUAAAGAAGGAAAUUACAAGCUAGCAUAUGAACUGUACACAGAAGCCCUGGGGAUAGACCCCAACAAUAUAAAAACAAAUGCUAAACUCUACUGUAAUCGGGGUACGGUUAAUUCCAAGCUUAGGAAACUAGAUGAUGCAAUAGAAGACUGCACAAAUGCAGUGAAGCUCGAUGACACUUAUAUAAAAGCCUACUUGAGAAGAGCUCAGUGUUACUUGGACACAGAACAGUAUGAAGAAGCAGUAAGGGACUAUGAAAAAGUGUAUCAGACGGAGAAAACAAAAGAACACAAACAGCUCCUUAAAAAUGCACAGUUAGAACUGAAGAAGAGUAAGAGGAAAGAUUACUACAAGAUUCUUGGUGUAGACAAGAAUGCCUCUGAGGAUGAGAUCAAGAAAGCCUACCGGAAGCGGGCCUUGAUGCACCAUCCAGAUCGGCACAGUGGAGCCAGUGCCGAAGUUCAGAAAGAGGAGGAGAAAAAGUUCAAGGAAGUCGGAGAAGCUUUUACCAUUCUCUCUGAUCCCAAGAAAAAGACUCGCUAUGACAGUGGACAAGACCUUGAUGAAGAGGGCAUGAAUAUGGGUGAUUUUGAUGCAAACAACAUCUUCAAGGCGUUCUUCGGCGGUCCUGGGGGCUUCAGCUUUGAAGCUUCUGGUCCAGGGAAUUUCUUUUUUCAGUUUGGCUAAUGAAAGGACACCACCCAGAAUCCAGAAAAUGCACACUUGCUCAGCUUAACCUCGAAUGUGGACACAAUUCACCUCCUCCCUUCAUCAUGUCUCCACGUCCUUAGAGCAGUUUCGUUUUCUCAGUUGGAUACCCUGUGUCUGUGUGAGUGGGGUGAAGGAAAGGGAGCCAGCGCCGAAGACUGCG